AUGACUGUGUCAGAGUCUAUCAUCAGGGCCCAGGAGAAGGCAUCUCAGCCAUGGGUGGAAACACCACUUCGAGAAUCCUAUGUUUUAUCACAAGCUGCGGGAUGCAGAGUCUUCCUCAAGCUCGAGACAGUCCAACCAUCCGGAUCAUUUAAAUCACGAGGCAUCGGCUACUACCUCCUCCGCCGUCUCGAGGAACUCCCCGUGGGCUCCCAACCACACAUUUUCUGCUCCAGCGGCGGCAAUGCGGGACUCGCCGCCGUGCACGCAGCUCGCGCUCUCGGGCUCCCCUGCACCGUCGUCGUGCCGCAGACCAUCAAGCCAUUGAUGGUGACGAAGAUCAAAGCAGCCGGCGCUUUCGAAGUAAUCCAGCACGGCAACGCAUGGGCAGACGCAGACGAGUACAUGCGAACUGAGAUCAUGACCAAGACAACCAAACCAACCAUCUACGCGCCCCCCUUCGACCACCCCGACAUCUGGACCGGCAACUCGACCAUCAUGCACGAAAUCGCCGCACAAAUGCCCUCCGGCACCGCACCCGACGCCAUAAUCUGCAGCGUCGGCGGCGGCGGCCUCUUCAACGGCAUCCACCAAGCCAUGGACAGCCUCGCCAUGCACUCCACCACCGUCGUCGCCGUCGAGACGGAGGGCGCGCACUCGCUCAAGACCAGCAUGAACGCGGGGCAGGUCGUCACGAUGCCGAAGAUCACGUCGCUGGCGACGAGCCUGGGGUGUGCGCGCGUCACGCAGAGUACGUUCGACUACGCGCAGCGGGCGAACGUAAGGACGCUUGUGCUUCCGGACGCGGAGGCCGCGAUGGGGUGUUGGCGGCUCGCGGACGACGAGCGGAUUAUGGUGGAGUUGGCGUGCGGGGUCAAUGUUGCGUUGUUGUAUGAUGGGAGGUUGGAGCAGGCGUUGGGACGGCCCGUGAGGAAGGAGGAUAAGGUUGUGGUGGUGCUGUGUGGGGGGAGCAAUGUUACGAUUGAUAUGCUGGGGCAGUGGAGGGAGGAGUAUGCUUGGUUGGAUAAUGUUGGCGGGAAGGAUGCGGUGCAGGAGAGGCAUGAUAGUGCGGUUGGGAGUCCGAGGUGUUUGCCUAGUGAUAUCACAGCGCCGAACUGA